AUGGCUCAACCCCCUGAAACUCCACGGCCUUCAACAUCUAAAGUCGCGCAAACAGCAACAAAUACAACAACAAAAGUUCCCUCGAACACUGGCACAAGUAAAGCAACUGUUUCAGUUGCCAAAGAAUCAACCGGAGAUUUCAAACAGAAAGGAGAGGGUGUAGCUAUCGCUGACUUUUUACAUCAUUUAGAUGACUACACUCCAACGAUACCCGAUGCAGUAACGUCGUACUAUUUAAACAGGUCUGGAUUUGAGACAACUGAUCCUCGACUGGUUAGACUAAUUUCUCUUGCUGCUCAAACAUUCGUGUCUGACAUUGCCAAUGAUGCUCUACAACAUUGUAAGAUGCGAGGUUCUGUACAAAGCUCCAGGAAAUCUGGCAAAGACAAGCAUUACACAUUGACAAUGGAGGACCUGAAGCCAGCUCUUGCAGAAUCAGGAAUCAAUGUGAAAAAGCCACCGUAUUUUCACUAUUUUGUAUAA